GGAUUAGUAACUACAAAUCAGUUAAGCACCAGUUACGCUCUUUCUUGGUGUCUCAGUCAAUUUAGUUUAACUGUAGACUUCAUUGCUUGUUGUGUGUAAUCUUCUGAUCGUCUGCUCAUGUCUUGUGGUUGUUUAUAUAUCAGUUCGAGCCCAAAAAGUGAUAAUUAUGUGAUGUUGAUAAGUUGAAAAUCACGAUUUGUGCAUAGGAGUAUUAUUUUUUCAAAAAAAUAAAUUGAACAUCACACCAACAACGGGAGGUGUUAACUUUUUACAUCAUCAUCAUCAUUCGUACCUUGUCACAUGAUCUAAAAGAUUGAAAGUGUAGUUUUUGUUGCUGAGCUAAGCUGUAUAUCCAAAAUGAGGAUCACCAGUGGGGAAGGAACCGGAGAAGGAAACUUCAGCAGCACCAACAUGGGGGCGAUGUUCAGAAGCGAGGAGAUGGCUCUAUGCCAGAUGUUUAUUCAGCCAGAGGCAGCCUACACGUCUGUUUCGGAAUUGGGUGAAACUGGAGCGGUGCAGUUUCGAGAUCUCAACGCUGAGGUUAACGCUUUCCAGCGAAAGUUUGUUGGAGAAGUUCGUCGUUGCGAUGAAAUGGAACGUAAACUACGUUACAUCGAAACGGAAGUUAAAAAGGAUAAAGUGAAGAUACCUGAAAUUUACAACGACUAUCCGCGAGCACCGAAUCCGCGCGAGAUUAUUGAUCUCGAAGCUCAUCUCGAGAAAACGGAAAGCGAAAUUUUGGAGCUUUCUCAGAAUGCCAUCAAUCUGAAAUCGAACUACCUUGAGCUGACCGAGCUCAAGCAUGUCCUGGAGCGUACACAGAAUUUCUUCUUCGAGCAAGAGGGGGCCGUCAAUAUGGAAGCAACGAGAAGCAACUUGAUUGUUGAUGAUGCGAAUGCUGCUCAAAAUCGAGGACGGCUUGGUUUCAUUGCUGGUGUUAUCCAGCGGGAUAAAGUUCCCGGUUUCGAGCGCAUGUUAUGGAGAAUUUCCCGUGGUAAUGUUUUUUUAAGACAAGUCGAGCUGGAGAAUCCGUUGGAAGAUCCUGCUACGGCCAAUCAAAUCUACAAAACUGUUUUCGUGGCAUUCUUCCAAGGUGAACAGCUGAAGAACCGUAUUAAAAAGGUGUGUACAGGUUAUCAUGCUUCCCUGUACCCAUGUCCGAGCGCUGCUGACGAGCGUGAAGAGAUGGUCAAAGGAGUUCGCACUCGUCUGGAAGAUCUGAACAUGGUUUUGAAUCAAACUCAAGACCAUCGUUCUCGAGUGCUGCUGACCGUGGCCAAGGAGUUGUCACGCUGGCGUAUCAUGGUGAAGAAAAUGAAGGCGAUCUACCACACUCUGAAUCUAUUCAACAUGGACGUUACUAAGAAGUGUUUGAUUGGGGAAUGCUGGGUUCCAGUUCUUGAUCUGCCAAUUGUUCAAAAAGCACUAUCCGAUGGGUCGGCUGCUGUAGGAUCCACCAUACCGUCGUUCUUGAAUGUUAUUGAAACAAGCGAAGCUCCUCCAACAUUCAACAGAACGAACAAGUUUACACGUGGAUUCCAAAACUUAAUCGAUGCGUACGGUAUUGCUUCGUAUCGCGAGGCAAACCCAGCGCUGUAUACUAUUAUUACGUUCCCAUUUUUGUUCGGCAUCAUGUUUGGAGAUUUAGGUCAUGGGGCUAUUAUGACAUUGUUCGGUUUUUGGAUGGUUAGUAAUGAAAAGAAGCUUGGAGCAAAGAAAUCUAACAACGAAAUAUGGAAUAUUUUCUUUGGAGGUCGAUAUAUUAUCUUUUUAAUGGGUUUGUUCUCAAUGUAUACUGGAUUCGUCUACAACGAUGUGUUUUCCAAAUCGAUGAAUUUGUUUGGAAGCGCCUGGAAUAUCAACUACAAUACAUCGACCAUCAUGACAAACAAAGAACUCACCCUCAAUCCAGGGUCGGAUGAUUUGAACGUUGAUGUUUAUCCUGUUGGUCUAGACCCUGUAUGGCAGUUAGCUUCCAAUAAAAUAAUUUUCCUUAACUCCUAUAAAAUGAAGCUCUCGAUCAUCUUCGGUGUGACCCACAUGAUAUUCGGAGUCUGCAUGAGUGUAGUCAACUUCAAUUUCUUCAAGAGACGUAUCAGCAUUGUGUUGGAGUUUCUUCCCCAAAUCAUCUUUUUGGUUUUGCUUUUUGCAUACAUGGUUUUCAUGAUGUUCAUGAAAUGGAUACAAUACACUGCCAAGACCGAUUUCCAACCGCAUACCCCCGGAUGUGCGCCCUCCGUACUGAUCAUGUUCAUCAAUAUGAUGCUGUUCAAAGAUUCUGAGCCUUUGCACGGUUGCGAUGAGUUCAUGUUCUCUUUCCAACGAUCCUUGCAACGUACUUUCGUUUUUAUCGCUCUGAUUUGCGUUCCCUGGAUGCUGUUGGGAAAACCACUUUACAUAAUGUUUUCCAGAAAAGAACAACAUGUAUCUCCUCACCAUAAUGGGAACAUAAGCCAACAAGUAGACACAACGGAAGUUCCGAAGAGCGAAGCUCAUGGCCUCGAGGAAGAGCCAAUAAGUGAAAUUUUCAUUCAUCAAGCUAUCCACACCAUAGAAUACGUACUCAGCACUGUGUCACAUACUGCUUCGUAUUUGCGACUUUGGGCUCUUUCCCUAGCUCACGCUCAACUUUCGGAGGUGCUUUGGAACAUGGUUUUAUCGCUAGGAUUACACCAAACUUCCUACAACGGUUCCAUUAUGCUCUACUUCGUAUUUGGCGCAUGGGCAUGCUUCACAUUAGCCAUUCUAGUAAUGAUGGAAGGCCUGUCAGCAUUCUUGCACACACUCCGUUUACAUUGGGUCGAGUUCAUGAGUAAAUUCUACGAAGGCCUGGGCUACGUGUUCCAACCUUUCAGCUUUCAACACAUUCUGGAGACUGAGGAGGAAUAAGAAGUUUGAAGCCGAUUCAACAGUAUUCGAUGCGGUGUCAACAAAACUGUAAAGUUCACAUCAAUUUUUUUUUAAUUUACGCUAACAAAGCCAAAAGUUUCAGUUUUUUAAGCUCCUGCAGUAUUAAUUUACAAAAACUUAAAUAAUUUCAAAUAAAUCAAGAUUGGCAAAA